ACCGAACCUAACAUGUAUUUACUAAUCCAGUAUUUUUAUGGAGUAAGGCUCUACUGAUAUGGUCCACUGUUCGAGAACGUCAGAAAUCCAUCGGUGGAAAGAAUGGGACUGGGACUUAAAUUGAUUUUUGUAUCAACACCUAGUACAUGCGUUCCAAAUCAUCCUCAAUCUUUCACGAUGACAGUUUGUUAACCCUUUUCUACCCUUAUCAAAAUCCCAGUGCAAACCCAGCGACAAUGGACGACGGCGACGACAUCCCCUUCUUCUCAUCCAUAGGUCGGUACAACCCCAUCGGCUGCAAACGUGCAGGAGGAGGUUGCGCUUGUCCUCCAGGAUGUCCCGGCAGGAACUUAUCAAGGCUCAAUCCCAGCAUGACCAGGUUCAUCGGAGGAGAGGAUGAUAAGAAUCAAGUGAAUAAGCCGAACGUGCUUGUGUCAGCAUUUUGCCUCUUCUUUACUUUCUUGGUGAGCCUCUAUUGCACAAUGACCUUCUAUGAAUUUGUGGCUGACAAGAACUUUGGACAUUAUGCGUAUGUUGGGUACAUUACUAUGUUACUGCAUACCAUGGGAUCGAUUAGCAAGUUGAAGAUUGCAGGUGCUGAAGACGUCUUCUACGACCUGCGUAUUCUCACAGACUACGCUACCCAGGUGUUGGUAAUCCCCAGCCUCACGAUCGAGCUUUGGACGCAGAGAGGUAUCGGUUCAUCAGAAGUGACUUUAAUUUCGUUGGCCUUGGGUGGCAUGGCCUUCUUGUUCUUCGUCGCAAUGGAGUACAAACGACGUGAUAUCACUGACCUCGUAGUACUGCUUAAUGUGAUCUUUAUAGUACUGGCCAAUCUGGCCUGUACCGAAGAUAGGCUUCUCUUAUAUUCCUUAACGGCGUACAUCAUUUUUGCCGUCGCGUAUGUUGCUACCAAAAGACAUAGUAGUGAUAACCCGACAUUGGACAACAUAUUCCAUGUAGCAAUGUCCAUUGUACUGUUGCUAACCUUGAUAGACCUUGAACCUUCCUCUUAUAAGCCUACCCCUAUCAACUGGUUGGUAGGAGAAGAUCAAUGAUCCGCGACCCCCCCCCUCCCUGGGGCAAAUCAACUUCGACCAGACGCCGCCCCUCCCGCUCUUCAAUUUACCAAUUUAUAGAAGACAGCUCUCACAUGGAAGAUAAGUACCAUAUUUUGUAAUUAAAGUGUUUUUGAAAUCGUUUAUAUUUUUGACUUAACUUUUGAUCAAUUCUAUCACUUUGCACUAAGUACCUUCGUUGAUCCUACUAGAAAAUGGUCUAUUAAAACCGCACGGGUAGUACGUAUCUUGAAAAGUGACAUUAUGUGUUUUUUUGACAUUACAUUGGUUUUUUGAGACAUUAUGUAGGUUUUCUACAAGAUGUUAACUUAGUACUAGCUCAUGAACAC